AUGCCGCCCAAGUCCACGCGGUCGCGCGCUGCGCCCAAGGUCGAGCCCGUCGUCAAUGGCACAUCAACAAAACCCAACACGUCCAAAAAGCGCAAGGCCAUCGAGGAAGAGCCAAAAGCGCAGAAAGUGACGUCCAAGCGGCAAAAGGGCUUCGAUGGCGACCUCGAGGUUGAUGCGAAGCGCCCCAAGCCCACAAAAGCCAAGGCGGCGGCAGAAGUCGCUGCUGCGUCCUUCUCGUCGUCCUUCUCGGUGGAACCGGUCGACACCCUCAAGAGCUUCACCUCCGCGCCGCCCGACACCUCAGACCUGCCCGCCAUCAGCAAUGCGCCCACUGACAUCCUGACCGUCUUCGCGUUCGGCACCGGCGACAUGAGCGGCGAGCUCGGUCUAGGACCUAAGAAGAAGGAAGCUAAGCGCGCCACCGUCAUCCCGAAGCUCGAUGGGAGGGACAAGGACGCGUACCGCGUUGUACAGGUCGACUGCGGUGGCAUGCACGUUUUAGCUUUGACCGAAGACAACAAGAUCGUAUCAUGGGGCUGCAACGACAAGGGCGCCCUGGGCAGGGACACCAAUUGGGACGGAGGCUUGCGCGACAUGGAUGCCGAAAAGGCUGGCUCCGACAGCGACUCGGACGACGAGGACGUCAAUCCCCUCGAGUCCACCCCUACACACAUUCCAGAAAAUUCCUUCCCCAAAGGUACCAAGUUCACCUCUGUGGCGGCGGGUGACAGCUCGAGCUUCGCUGUUACCGACACUGGGCUCGUGUACGGCUGGGGAACCUUUCUGGACAGCGAGGCCCACGAGACCUUCCUAUACUACAAGGAGGAGACCAUAAAGGUGCAACACAAGCCAAUCUUGAUUCCUGGCCUGCAGAACAUCACCAAGGUCGUCUGCGGUUCGAACCACGCCCUCGCACUUGACACUAAGGGAAAUGUCUGGUCGUGGGGCGUCAACGAACAGAAACAGGUCGGCCGUCGCACACAUCCGCAAAACAAGCAUCUCGACAACUACUACCCCGGCAGGCUCGAGCUGAGCCGGCACCCAAUCAAGCUCAUCGCCGCCGGGCCAUACCACUCCUUCGCGGUCGACAAGCUGGACAGGCUCUUCGCCUGGGGCCUCAACAGCUACGGCCAAGCAGGUUACGCCAAAGACGCUGGGAGCGACAACGCCAUCCUACCGCACCCGCUGCAGAUCCGCUCCGGAUCCAAGCAAGGCAUCUUGCAUAUGGACGGCGGUGAGCAGCACUCGACUGCUGUCACCGCGGACGGGCGCUGCUUGGUCUGGGGCCGAAUCGACGGAGGACACCUCGGACUCAAGCUGACGGAGGACCAACUCAACAACCCAAAGCUCGUCCGGCGAGACGAGCACAACCGGCCUCGAAUCCUUCUCACACCCGUUGCGGUGCCCAACAUUGGAAAAGCGGCUUAUGUGGCCUGCUCCAGGGGCCACACCGUCUUCGUCAACAAGGAGGGCAAGGCUUAUGCGUCCGGCUUCAACGGUCAGAUGCAACUCGGUAAUGGCAACGACGACGACACAGAGGUGGCUGAGGAAGUCAAGGCCAAGGCGCUCAAGGGCGCCAGGCUUACAUGGUGCGGGACCGGUGGGCAGUUCAGCGUUGUUGCGGGCCCAUCGGCCGACAUUAAAGAUGUGGAAUAA